AUGUCUAAGCUCAAGGUCCUCCAGCUCGGCGAGAUCGUCCUUGCUCACGAAAAGUGGGAGCAAUUGACCCAGAUUGCAGAGGUUAUAACUCCCAAGGCCACGAACAGGGAAGAGUUCAUUGCCGAGUGCAAGAGUGGACGAUUCGACGAUGUAGUUGCUGCAUACAGAACAUUUCCAUCUGUGAGCAUCACGGGUAUCUUUGACGAGGAACUGGUGCAAGCUACUCCGAAAAGCUGGCGAUUCCUUGCACACAAUGGCGCUGGUUAUGAUCAGAUAGACGCUCACGCCUGUGCUGCUAGAGACCCACCACUUCUGGUCUCUAAUAUCCCGAUUAUUGCCGACGAUAGUACUGCCGAUACAGCCGUUUUCCUGAUUCUCGGUGCUCUCCGCAACCUCAACCCCUCCAUGCAGGCCUUGCGUGAAGGCAAGUGGAAGGGCUCUCCUCCUCCUGCGCUUGGUCAUGAUCCUCAGGGCAAGACCUUGGGCAUUCUUGGUAUGGGAGGCAUAGGUCGCAACCUCAAGGUGAAAAUGGAUGUCUUUGGCAUGAAGGCCAUCUAUCACAACAGGAGAAAAAUGAGCAGUGAAGACGCAGCUGGCGCCGAGUACGUAAGCUUCGACGAACUGCUUGCGAGAUCCGAUGUUUUGAGCUUGAAUCUCCCUUUGAACCCCAAGACACGUCACAUUAUUUCUACUGCCGAGUUCGCAAAGAUGAAGAAGGGAGUGGUUAUUGUGAACACGGCUCGCGGACCCGUGAUGGAUGAGGACGCAUUGGUCAAAGCCCUGGACUCUGGCCAUGUGGCUUCUUGCGGACUGGAUGUGUUUGAGGAAGAGCCUAAAGUACACGAAGGUCUCAUUCGCAAUCCCAACUGUGUUCUGGUGCCGCACAUGGGCACAUGGUGCGUGGAAACACAGACUAGGAUGGAGGAGUGGACUAUUGGAAACGUGAUGGAGGCCGUCACCAAAGGAAAACUCGUUAGUCCUGUGCCGGAACACAUCGACCUGCAGAGCAUCUCAAAGCAGUAUGACGAUCCCGACGAGGGUCGAGCAGGCGUCUAG